CCUGUUACAAGCAAGCUCGGCCAUAUCUAUCCCCCGAACCCCUCUCCUUCUCCACAACUAUCUCGUCCCAAACCUCUCUACUCACCUAAACAACCACCUUUCUCCAAACUCGACCAAAAAUCAUGGGGCCCGGGGUACACGUACCCCUCCGCAUGCUACGUGCCGUAGUGCAACGCGGCAUCACGGUGCUAAAGUCUCGUCUCGCAGCACCUCAAACAGCUGCCAAAGUCCUCGAACCAAUCUAUGCAACGGUCCCGCGUAAUGCCCACCUCCACCCAGCUAUCCGUCAGAGGAUUGGUGGUCGCUGGUACUCGACUUCGGUAAAGAACAUCCUUCGCCUCGCUGGCGAGGUCGCACCGCGUGCCACUCGUCAGCCGGCUGUUCGAAUCUCAGUCGCUGGGAGGUUGACUACUCCAUUCGCUUCCACUCUUCGACCGACGCUCACUGGUGGUGCCAUCCCGCGAUCGACGAUGGGCUACUCUCUCGGUGGCGGUGCUCGCUUCUUCUCACAUGGCCCCGCGGCUCCAGCCCAGGUCUUCGGCCAAGUCUCAUGCGCCAUGCGAGCCUUCGUGAACUCUGGCAAGGACAACUACCUUCGCCAAAACAGCAAGAUGGGACCCAUUAGUGUGCGAGCCCAGCUUGCUGCUUCUUUAGCCCAAUCAAACGCACCGGGCGCAUACGUCGACUUCGACUUGUCGCCGACCAUGACUUGCAUCAGCCCACUUAGCGCCGUCCACCGGUCUCUCGACAAUGAGGAUUUCCUCAAAGACCUUACUGCCGACUUCGGUGCUAUGAUGGGAACUCUUGUUGCCGUCAACGCCGACAUCCGGAGUUUGAGCACCUUGGGAGAUCUCCCAGUCUCGCUUGCCGGACCUUCCGGUAACAUCCUGAGAGUUCACUUCCGUGGAUGUGAAAAAGAUUUUGUCGAGAAGCUUUGUGAUGAAGUAGGUGUUAAGCGUGGCGUCGUUCAUGAGGAGGAGCGCUUCAUGUUUGGCAUGCUAGCUCCGGGAUCAGUCACCUGGCAAGAGAUGAUGAGUGACUCGCCGCCCUUAUCAUCAACUUACUCGGAAGACGGCUUCGAAGACGAAAUCAAAUCGCGAAUCACUGGGUCCGAGUCGCUGGGCGAAGAGGAUUACUACUUCGAUCCUGCCGAUAGGCCGGUCAUGCUAGCGAGUCCUGGACUAAUCUCGUCAAGCAGCUCCGGAGACUACGGUGGGUUGCAAGGAAUCCACCGUUUCCUCGAGGAAUGCGAUGAGUAUCGGUCGGGACUAAGCACCAAUCGAUACUAGGUAGUGAUGAGGGAGUCGGAGUUUGAGUAUUUGCUUUUAUCGGGAUUUGUAUUUUUGACCACGAAUUUGUCAUUCUUUGGAGGGUGUUUAGCAUAUGAAUUUGAACUUGAAGGAUCCGCAGUCUUUCCUUACUAAUAUGAAUAUUAUCUCUUUGCUUGAUGGUUGUGUACCUAUGUUACUUGGGUGCCAAUGAGGAACAUGGCGUCCUUGACGAAAGUGCAUGUUAAAGUGAGCCGACAGGUGUCUAAACUGUAGUCUGUAAAGAAGUGCAAGCUCUGACGAGAGUGGCUGUUUAUAUCGGGUUUCUGAAUGUGGG